AUGACAGAUAAACAUACAUGGACCAAUGAGCAAACAGAAUUCUUAUUGAACACUUGCAUUGAAGAACUACAAAAUGUGGGUAGAAAAGGUUUGAGUUUGCACAAACAUUCAUGGAACAAGUUAGGAAUAACCAUUAAGGAAAAGUUUGGUGUGGAUUUGAGUAAAAGACAACUGAAAAACGCCUAUGACAACCUUAAAGCCAAAUACACGGGAUGGUUAUACUUGAAAAACAAAACUGGCAACCUUUAUAAUCCUCAAACAAAUACUUUUAACUUAACAAAUGAGGAGUGGGAGGACUUUAAAAAGCCACCACCUUCUGCUGCUUCACCUUCUGGUAACCCCAACAAAAGAGCUAAACCCUCAACUCCUAGACCUCGAGCUGCUAGUGCCUCACCUGAGCCACCUUCUAGUGUCUCCCCUAAAGCUUCUAUUACUGCUGAUGAUUUAGCAUUGGAGAUGCAGAAAGCUCUACGACAUUUGACUCGAGGGCCAACAAUUCCCCAAUGUUUAGAGAAGCUAGAGUUACUCAAGUUAGGCCCGGUAGACCCUCUACGAUUUGCUGCUUAUCAUAUUUUUGGAGGGACCAUGAAUAUGAGAGAGUUGUGGAUAAAUUUGCCUAAUGAUCCACAAAUAUUAAGAGGAUGGAUCGAGAUGACAGCUACAAGUUUAGGAGUAUUGAAGGAUGGAAACAUUUUGUAA